AUGCACGAAAAGGAAAUCUCUCUGAAGGCAGAACGUUAAUUACACAAUUGAAAGGUAUUUUCCUCUCAGGGUUUGUGGGUUUUUUUUUCCGGGAAGAGUAAUUGCUAAAAAUAUAUUUAUCAGGAAACCAGA